UGUUGUUGUUGUUCCUGCCCCGCCCCUCGCCCCCUCCCCCCGCGGAGGGUGACGGGCGCUUCCUCGCCCGGAGCCGCCGCCGCCGCUGCCUCCACCUCAGCCGCUGCCGCUCGCUCCGGCAGCGGGGUGUCCCCGCCGGCCCUCUCCCGCCGGCCCCCGCGGCGUCGCCCCGGCUCCUCGCUCUCUCUUUCUCUCAGCGGACGCUCGGGCCCGGUCAUGGCGGACUUCGACGAGAUCUACGAGGAGGAGGAGGAUGAGGAGCGGGCGCUGGAGGAGCAGCUCCUCAAGUACUCCCCCGACCCGGUGGUGGUGCGAGGCUCCGGACAUGUCACCGUGUUUGGACUAAGCAACAAAUUUGAAGCAGAAUUUCCUUCAUCUUUAACUGGAAAGGUUGCACCUGAAGAAUUUAAAGCCAGCAUCAGUAGAGUUAACAGUUGUCUUAAGAAGAACCUUCCAGUUAAUGUACGAUGGCUACUAUGUGGAUGCCUUUGCUGCUGCUGCACUUUAGGUUGUAGUAUGUGGCCAGUUAUCUGCCUCAGUAAGAGAACACGAAGAUCGAUUGAGAAGUUAUUAGAAUGGGAAAACAAUAGGUUAUACCACAAGCUGUGCUUGCAUUGGAGACUAAGCAAAAGGAAAUGUGAAACGAAUAACAUGAUGGAAUAUGUCAUCCUUAUAGAAUUUUUACCAAAGACACCGAUUUUUCGACCAGAUUAACAUUUGAUUUAUUUAUAGACACUUAUUCCAGUAUGUUGUCUUUCCAAUGGUGCCUUGCUUGGUGCUCUCCUGGUGGUGACAUAGCAUUGGUUCUACAGAAUCUUGUGGUUUUUUCAUUCUUUUUUGUUUGGUAUUUUUGUUUUGUUGUCUUUUUUUUUUUAAUAAGAGCAUGUUCUAAGUGCAUUUGGUCAAACUCUGCAGAGUCAUUUCAUGCAAAUGUUAACUACUACUUAAGUUAUUGUUACUUUUACUACUUCUGUUUGUUAAUGUAUCUUGAUUUGCAAAGAGUCUUUUAUAUGUGUGCGCGCGUGUGUGUACAUAUAUAUAUUACUAUAAAUACAUAGCUGAAAAUGGUAUACAAGCGAGCAGGUAUUUUUUUAUCCCAAAAUGACACAACUGAUUGACUGUACAUUGUGUAAGUCCUUUUAAUCAUUUAUUUACAUGCUGAAGUACCUUCUAAGACCCUCCUAAACUUUUGUCAGUGACUAGUCAACUGUAAAUAUUUUUAUUUCUUUUUGGGACAUUGGCUAGCCUCUUCCAACAAAAGAAGGAGGUAAAGUUCUUUCUGAAACUCUGCUUUUUGGAACCCAAAUGUCAUUGCAUUAGUAGAAAUCUCUGUGCUUUUCAUGAAGAAGUCCUGUCAGCUGGUUCUGAAAGUUCUAAUUUAAAGGUUUAAAAAAAAGGCGCAGCAAAAUAGAAUUAUUUUACUCAGACUAGAAGAAUCGCUGAGAAAAUUGCAUGCAUCUGAUCAAUAGGACUCAAGAUCGCAAAAAUGUAUUAGUAUUGCAGGUUAUGACAUAGCUGUUUUAAUUCAGGCUAAUGCCAUGUAUGAGCUUUGUUCCUACUGUUUACCAGAUCCCAUACACAGGGGUGCAGAAGGACUUGUUUUACUAAAACUUAUUGUCCAAGAGGACCUUUCAGGUUUUUUUGUUUUGCUUUAUUUUAAAGCCACAUAAACAGAAAAAAGUUACUGAAGAAAUCUUGAACAGUAUGGUUCCAGAUGUAAAAGCAGAUGCUGUGUAUUAAAAAUAAUCAAAGCAGGGUACACUGGGCAACAGUGUAAGUUUAAAUGUGUUAGAUAAUUAUUUAUUGCACCCUUGCUUCUGCUCAUUUUUGUUUACAAAGCUUAUUUUCUGCACAAUUACAAGGCUUUUUUUAACUGGAUAUAUGAUGUAUGCUUGGGUCAGGCCAGUUGUAUUUCAUUUCUUCUUAUCUCAGUUGUACAUAUCUUCACACAGUUUUUUUUUUUUCUAAUUGCAACUCAAUCAUAUUUUUAAAUUUGCUUUAGGUGUCUAAAAUUACUGUACAUGAACAUUAAUGUAAGUUAAGAAUAUGUUCCUUGUACAGUUGUGGUAGCAAGCAAUAAUGUGAAUAUAUGAAAAAACAGAUAUACUCUGCUUAAUAUUUGUAUGAAUGAAAAGUUGAUACCACUACAAGAAUAAUCUUCUCUUUUUAAUCUUUUAAAUACAAGUUUUAUUUCAAGGUAAUACGUUACAGAUACCUUGAUGCUGUGAACUAUUUUUCUAUGUCUUCAAAAUAUUUAUUCUCUGUAAAAUAUUCUCUAGUGAGUAUUAUAUUCCUAAAUUGUUGAUAGUGGGGAGUGGUCUAGAAAGUUUUAAGUUUUCUUAAAUCUAAGCCUUCUGUAUCUGUUCCCAAAACUCAUCCUUUGCUCAGCUUUUGUCUGUGGAUUCCUGCUGUUUACUUUGAAAAUAGCUCAGCCAUGCUUUUCGUACAAGCCUACAAGUGUGCUUCUUUGACUUGAUGGAAUACAAUUUUUUUAAUUAAAUACCAGUUUUGUGCUGCCUCAGCCUUCUGGGUCCCACAAUGGUUUCUCUCCUAAGAAACUGGUUAUAAUCUUUUUAAAAAUAAAUUUCAGUCCCCUAUUUAGUACAAAUCUGGGCCUGCAGCACUCCUCCUCUGAUCCAGAAGUAUUAGUUACAAUUUCAGACCAGCUUCAGCCUGCGAGGGAGGCCAGAAGGAUAACAUUGAUGGCACCUGAGGUUGUGGAGGUUGGAGAUGCAGGGGAGAGGUUGGAAUUGAACAGAAAUGACAACUGGUGAUAAAUAGUGAUGACCAGAAAUAUAUGUUGAUGUCUUCAACCAUCAGUUUUCAAUAAAACAAAUAUUGAAUCAUACAAGGCCUAGAUUUUAUUAUCAAAAUUGUCAGUUGACUCUAUAGAUAGGUUUGUGUGACGGAUGCAGUUUUCCACUGGUAGUUCAUUAGUGUGGAGGGAUAGGUUGGAUAUGGGUUGUGCUAUGUUCAUAGCAGCACCACAUUCAGCGUGAGCUAUUCGCCUUAGUUUGCUACCCAAACUUUCCAUACUAUGUUCUGUGACACCACAACUGCCUUGCCAGCAGCACCCAAACCUACCUACAGUAAAGCUAAUUUGAGCGUGAUGAGUGCUGAAACCAGAGCAGUGAACAGAGCGUGGCUUGCAGGUUUACAAAGAGUAUCAUAAGCGGUUGUGCUGGUUAAGAUCUUGUCUGCUUUUAGGUGCAUCCGCAGUAAUUUACUUGAUUAGCAGGGCAUUUUUGUAUUUUAACUAUGACUUUCUCUCUAAGAAUUCUAGUACGGGGUCCAAAGUAGAGCUCUGAGCAAAUAAAAAGUUAAAUCCCUUAGGAUGCCAGACUAAUUGCCUCUUAAAGCUUUUCUGAUUAUUUAUUAAAAUAACAUCUCUGACUUAAAAUACAACCUGGAAACAUGAGAAACUGCAUAAAUAUAUAUGUGUGUGUAUGUAUGUGUGUACAUAUAUGUAUGUAUAUAUGAGUCUUGCUGGAAACUGAUACUCUCCUGGUGAGGUAGUACACUCGUCUAGUAAGAAUAUUGUAAAACAUUUUCAUACAAUCCCUUUCAAUUCAUUAAUUACAGUGAUAGAAAUUGAACAUGGCAGGAACUUUAAUCAACUACUUAAUGCCUGCAGCAGUCAUCAGGAUUUUCCUUUGAUGUUUCUAAAAUACUAAAUCUGUUUAUUUUGUGUGCUAGUGAGAAGAUGUAUGUUACCUUUUUUGUCCAAUUUGCAAAGGAUGAAGUAGCAACAGUCUGAGUAGGACAGAAGCAAUAGCAGGACUUCCAGGACAGCCUACUCUUUGCUAAAAUAAAUAUUACAUUGUACUAACUUGUUCAACUUCUUGCAACUCAGCAAUUCCUACAAAUAAAUUAAUCUAUUUCCAGUUUCCUUGAAUAGUAAGAGUUAGGUACCCACUUGAUAAUCAUCAUUUAACAAAUGAUGCUACUUAUGUCUGUUUCACCUUUAGCCUGAAAAACUAAUGGUAAAGGCAUCAAUGCCUCCCUGUAAAAGCUAAUUAUCAUUUUUAGAUGUAGUGGCCCUUAACCGGCCAAUAAAGAUUUCUUUCUUACUGUAAUAUAAUAAAAACACAUUAUUUUUGAUCUUUUAGUGUUAGGUCCUGAGGGAGAAAGGCUUUUUGUCUGACCCUAUGUGAAGAGUUCUGUAGAACUCAUUUGUUGUUAAAUAGCUGUGAUUUGAAGUUUAUACUGGGAUUGGCAAACUUCACCAGAAAUUGAAAUGUUUAUGGAGAUAGGUUACACAUAGUCAGUAAAUUUUUUGUAAUAGCUCGGUAAGUCACUCUAACAAACUAUGUAUGCAAAUCCAGAAUUUCCCAUGAUACUCAAACCCAAGUAGACUGUAAAAACUUUUUAUAGUAUGUAGAUGUAAAUUAUAAUCUCUGAAUCAAUUCGUUAAAUGAUACUUUUUUCUAAGUCUCAAGACCAUGGUGUUUAAAUGUAAUACUCUAUCUCUGAGAUACAUGCUUACUUAAAAAUCAGUUUUGAUUUUUUUAAAAGUCAUUAUUUAGCCCUCAGGAUUGUAGGGAAGAGCUUUAAAAUGCAAUCUGUAACUGCUCAGAAGCCAGAAGGCCAUGAAAAAGAACUUGUCUUUAUUUCCUUCCCUCCUCCCCCACCCCAAAGUCUUAAUUUUAAAUUGUUCCGCUUGUUUUGGGAGCCCUAGCUUAUGGUUUUUGAGCAGCUGGGAAUAGUGCAAAUUGUCCACCAAAAAAAACCCCAUUUGAAUUCUGAACAAUUUAAAGAGAUCACUUUAAUUGAAGAGGCAAAAGACUUGUUAAGCAAAGAAAAUCCCUCGUUCUUUUAAGUUCUCCCAGCACUGCUGUUGAGUAAUUAAAAAGAAGGAUCAUGAUGACCCUACAUUAGGUCAAAAUCCAGAUGAUUUGAUGUAAAGGAAAUGCUCAAUUAGAGAGGUCUCAGAGCCCCAAAUGUCUUGGAUUCAUAGUAGCAACUUAUUAAGGGUAAGUGGUGCUGGCUAGUUUUGUAUCCGUGACUAAAAUAAUUUAUGUUGCUCUUCAGCAACCUUGCUUAUGAAAAGAAAGCAUUUUAGAAAUAAGAUCUCUAUUAAUCGCUGCUAAUUCGCUGUAAUUUCUGUGCUGCUUCUCCCUAAAGCCACAAUGCAUUUCCAUAACAAACAGCUAAGUGUAUGAUCGUUAUAACGCCUUUAAUAGCCAUAUUGUAGGUAGAAAUAUUAACUUCUCAGGGACUAAUAGGAAAUAUGAAAAUGGAGUUAAUGAGCUGAAUGCCUAUCUGCAUGAAGGCUUACAUUGCAAACGGCACCCUAGAAAACUUCUGAUUGUAAUAUGCAUGACCAUUAUGAAUGUUAUCAAUAUACAGCUAUGAAAGCUCCCUUUACCCUGUAUUAGUUAGGCUGCUGAAUGUCAAAGUAUGUUGAAUAAGGAAAAAUGAAGGUUUUUUGCUGAUUUGGAUAGAGUGGUUAUUUCUAAUGGUGCUAUCUUCUUAAUUCCUGUGUUUAUUCUUUGUGAAGUUUUCUCUGUAGGCUGGGUGAAUCAGGGGAUACUGGUGUAAUGAGAAAACAGUAUUAUUAGUUGUCUUUUUAAGGAAGUUGAAAAAUUUCAGGGGGAGAACUACUCCAGAAGCAAAAAUUUCACUGCUGAAAAAUCAUCAUGCAUUUAUUCUUCAUUAGUUACAGAUAUCCAUUUGCAUUGUUUUGUUGGUAACAGUAUUUUGCAGUUCAUUAAUUUUUGAACUUCAUCUUUUUGUACACUGAUGUUUCAGUCAGCAUGGGCUAAAUUAGGGAUUAAUUUUGAAAAUUUUGAAGAUGUUAAUCCUUGCAUGAAACUUCAUAUGUUGACACUUUUUGUGCUGGUGUGUGUAUGUCCACUGUGUGACACCUGGGACUAUGUCUUUUAUAAACUACAUUUUAUUGUUUUCAUGGAAGAUGCCCUUUUGAAAAAUUAUUCUGUUUCACUUAGCUCAUUAAUAUUUCAUAAAGAUUUAUUUUCUUGAAAAAAAUUCAUAAAUGCUUGACUCCUCAGAAUACAGCAAACCAUUAGGAAAAAUUUAGUGAGGUGAAAGAUGAAACAUAGGAAUCAGGAGAAGCAACACCCAAAAGACUGAAUUUGGAGACUAGGUUUGGAAUUCUGAGUGUGAUAGAAAAUAGUUUUGGACUGAGUGAAAUGGUAUUGAAUAAUGAAAGUUAAGUAAAAGCUAGCAAUCCAUUUCAGUAAUUAUGUAGGCUGUCUUAUCUUCUAUUACAUUUAUUUUAACAAGUGUGUUAUUAAUUUAUUUUGGUUAUGCCCUAAUGGAUAGACAAUUCUGCUAUUAUGCAGAUUUUGAGGUAAGCUUUCUUCAAAACUCAGCAUCUCUUAGUUUAAAAUAUCCAGACCGAAACAGAAUUGCUGAUGAGCAGCGCUGCCCAGUGAGUGCAGAACACUCUUUUCCUAAGCUGGGGCCUGAAAUGCAUGGCUAAUUGUUUCCAAAGAAAAUUCUUGACUUGUCCAGACAGCUCCUGUCAUGUGACGGUAUAUCUGAGGCCCAGGAGUACGAUCCAGUUAGGAUAAUUUAAGGUCAGGUGAGUAGGAGAGACUUUUGUAGUUGGUUGUAGCUUUUAUGGAGAAGGGAACCAUUGACAAAUGCUCCCUUUUGGAGGGAAGAUAGUACAUUUUUAUAAUGCUUAUUGAAACAUGCUUCCCCCCCUUAUAACUUCAUCUUUGAAAGUUACUUUGCCUCAUGUUGAAAACUAGACUUUGUGGUUAGCUGAAGCUUUUUUUUCUGGUUCAGUGUUUUAGGUUUGAAAACCCAUUUUUUUAAAAUCACAUUUAGAAAUUUUUCAAAAACUCGGAUAUCCUGAUGCAAUAAACCUGAUAUUUUUAGUGGCUCUAUUUUUAAACUGAUUUCAUUGUACCAAUAUAAAUAUCUCACUCAUCCACUUUGAAUGUUUAUCUCCGGUCCUUCUGUGUUUGCAACAGGCUUUCUAACUUGCUAGGAUAUGCAGUGUACCUACUUGUUAAUAUGGUCAAUGAGCAGUUCGGUUCAGUGAGAUAAUGAGAAAUGCAGAGUAGUUCCCAAUUUGAAACAUGUAGCUCAGAUUCUUGUUUCUGUAAAAGACCGAGUAUGGCAAUCAGAAUAUGAAACUUAAUUCCAAACAUAAAUUUUAAAGAGAACGGUAAGCUACAAAACAGUGCCUAAAAGUUGUGUGCUAAAUUAUUCCUGUGUAAUUAAUGUUGCUUUAAAAGAAUUUGCAGAGAAUUGCAUUGGAUUGUAUGUGCUUAGGAAAAACCUGUUAAAUGUACAAAGCAGUAAAUAGCACGUAAGUCACUGAAAAGGUGUUAUAUUUCAAGAAGGCAAACAGAAAAAAACAGUAUUUUGGACUAUAUUAAAAAUCCAUUUCAGGCAGAAAAUGUGUAAGCAAUAAUUUAACCUAGAACUGGGUAUUAAGGAAGCUGCUAUUUAUAGAGAGACUUGAUGGUAAUUUUGCCUGUUGGCAUCUCCUCUCAUAAAGACUUUAGAAAGAUAGGGUUGCUGCGAUUUCCGCUAUUGUAACAUUCCUCUUCAAAUAUUUUAAGUCUGGGUGAGAGACUGAAAGCUUUAGAGGCCAGUACUGUGUUCAUGGGGCGCAUGGCUUUGGGAGGAGAAGAUAGGAAGGACUUUUUUUAAGGCUGCACAAUUGUAUAUAAGCAUAUUUAAAAGUAUUUAACCAUGUCUGCUAAAUUACUGAAGUUGAUCUAUUGUUGAAUUAUAGAAUAUUAUUUAAUAAAUCAGCAUUGUUUUCUCCUGACCUGACCCAGAAUUGGAAUGGACUCCAAUAUACUUUUUUUAAAGCAUUUCUUAAGUUGUAUGUAUUAUGAACUAAUAAAAUAAUUGUUAACCUA